AUGGAGAACCCGGAAGCGAGUGCCGGCGCUUCACAGCCUCCCGCCGACGACGCGCGUCUUCCAGAACGCGAUGCUGUGUCGAUAGCUGCGCACGAGAAGACAAGUCAGAAGCGCAGUCCUUCACGUCUUCGGCCCGCGGUAGAGACCAAGAGCGAAACCCGUUCUCUUCCUCCGGGAGAAGACCACGCCCCAGAGACUCGCAGGUGGGCGGGGGCGUUCUCUCGCCUUCGGUGCUGGCUCUGGAAGGGCGAGAAGGCGCCAGAGGAGCAAGGGAAAGCAAGCGAAAUGAAAGAACUGGGACCGCUCUUACCUGCCAGUGACGACUCCAGGGAGCGGGAAGACUGUCCCAGAUCCCCGAACCGAGGGUUUCUUUGGAGAGAUCGGCACAACUCUGCCGAUAUGGGAGGGGAGGAAAGUCGAGGCGUCGCUUUCUCGUUUCGAGAUAUCCAGUGUUCCGUUCGUCUUGCUGGCCCGGACGGAAAGAAGCAGAAAAAAACGAUUCUCUGGCCGAUUUCAGGCGACUUUCCGCGCGGGAGCGUCGUCGGAAUCCUGGGGCCCUCCGGGAGCGGCAAGACGACUCUUCUCGACGUGUUGGCGAACAAGAAGAUACCAAGGGCGUACACUGGAGAAGUAUUUGUGGACGGAAAGAAACGCGAUGACAAGAGCUUCAAGGCUCUCUCCAUCUAUGCUCCUCAGGAUAACAUCUUUAAUGGGAACGAGGAGGUCUGGGAAGUGCUGGCAUUCGCGGCGGCUUUAAAGUCGGGGCGUUCGAAGGAAGACCAGAAGAAGCUGGUUGAUGCAACUCUCUCUUUCCUCGGUCUCGAGCGCGUCGCGCGCCAGCGCGUCGGCAACACCGUCGUCCGGGGCGUGUCUGGGGGCCAGAAACGCCGGCUGGUGAUAGGUCGGGCCCUGGUCACGAACGCGAGUCUCGCCUUCUGCGACGAGCCGACUUCCGGUUUGAGUUCGACAGAUGCAGAGGCGCUGAUGCUGGGAAUCCGCGAAGUGGCGAAGACCUGCUGCGUCUCCUUCCUCGUUGUCAUUCACCAGCCGCGAGUCGAGGUGUUUGAACUUUUUGACGAAAUUCUUCUCCUCGCACAAGGCCGGUGUCUGUACAACGGCCCUCGGUCGCAGAUGGAAGCGUAUUUCUCAGCUCUGGGCUUUCCCCUCCCCCCUUACGUAAACCCCGCGGAGUUUUACAUGGAGCUGACGGCGGAAAACGCGACUGUGGAGAGGCUCGCGACCGCGUACGCCGCCCAGGCAGAACGGGCGAGCCGCGGGGAGACAGGUGUCUCCUCGCGCCCGGGCGCGGCUGUCUCUGGGGCUCUUCUGGGCGGUAUCCCGGCGAGAGAGAGCGAGGAGAGUCGCCAUACAGGCGAGGAAGAGAGGCAAAGAAAGGCGGAUAGAGACGAGGCUGACGCAGGACAGACAGCGGGAGAGAGAAGUUUCUUGGUCAAGGAAGAAGAGAGAGACGACGAUGCGACGCAAGACCGAAGGAAGUCCAUCGCAGCAUCGCUUGCAGGCACGCAAGCUCUCGUUACGGCACUCCACGAAGUUCCUGGGACACGGCGCCCACUACCGGGCUUUUACGGACAGUUCUUGAUUCUAACGCACAGGUCUUUGACGCUGGCGUGGCGAGAUCGAAACGUUGUCUACAUGGUUGCCUGCAGUGCACUGCUUGCCGCGACCCUCACGGCCAUCCUUUUCUUCAACGUCUACCGAGAAAAAGCCAUCAUGUAUCACCUCUCUGCACUUUUCCUUGUUUCGCUGUCUCUGGCGAGCAUCCCGAGUGUGAACAUGGCGAUGUAUCUUGAGAAGAAAGUGUCGUAUCUCUACGAGUCGUCCGACGGCUUUUACGCUGCAGGGCCCUACCUCCUCUCUGAGAUGACCACCGGGUUUCUUAUGCUGCUGGGCGCAACUCUUCUUGCCCUAGUGGUGGUCUUUCCUUGCUGCGCCUUCCCCUUCUCCAAAUUCGGAAUGAUUUUCCUUCUCUUCAUCCUUUUUCUCCUCGUCGUGGACGCCGUCAUGCAGUUUGCUGCGGCCGUUUGUCCGACGUUCAUCAUGGCGAGCACCUUUGCUGGAGGCUGGCUGGCCCUAACGUCGGUUGUGAACGGCUACAAUGCGAACCCAAAAUCCAUUCCUGGGUGGCUGACAUGGCUGGUUUACCUCUCCCCUUUCUACUACCUGGUGGAUGGCGUGGCGGUUGUCCUCUAUUGGGAAAACCACGAUGUGUUCGGAACUCCUGAAAAGGCUGCGAAAUUUGGAUACACGAGUUGUGAGGAGCUUCUGAAGGCUUACGGCUUUGCAGGGAUGCUCGGCGGAAGUUCGCUUACCCCGCCGCAGUGGCUGUGGUGUGUAGAUGUGCUUGUUUUGUUCCUGAUGACUGUCGGCAUGAAGGCAAUUGCCUGUUUUUAUCAGGCUUACUUUGUUCGCCUUCGACGCUAA